AUGCCGGUCGCGAAACGACCCAGGAAAUCUUCAAGUGACCUUGAGCAAGCCAGCCCGUCUGCUACGGAGGAGGAAAACUCGGAAAGCUCUUCUGAAUCGGAGAAAUACAGUGACCAGGACUUCACUCCAGAGAAAAAAACACCUGCCAGAGCUACACGACGGGCACCUGCCGGAGGGUGGAAGAAAAAGAAAAUCGAAUCGGCCUCCGACUCGGAGAGCAAGGCAGACUCCGAGGAGGAGGAGGACGAGGAGGAGGAGGACAACGACAACAACCGCGAGGGCAACCGGCCACUCACUCCCAAGUCCGAGUCUGACUCCAACUCAGAUGAAUCCGUCAAGAAGCCCUCCCGCGGCAGGAAGCCAGCUGCCGAAAAGCCGCCUCCCAAGCCCCGGGGCCGGAAACCUAAACUCGAGAGGCUUCCUAGCACCUCCAGCAGUGACAGCGACAGCGACGUGGACCGCAUCAGCGAGUGGAAACGGCGGGACGAGGAGCGCCGGCGAGAACUGGAGGAGAAGCGGAAGCGCGAGCAGGAGCAGGAGCUACGCCGGUUGCGGGAACAGGAGCGGGAGGAGAAGGAGCGGAAGCGGGAGAAAGCCGAGAAGGAGGCAGAGGGCGCGGAGAGCGACAGCAGCGCGGACAGCGAAGCCCCCAGGAGGAGCAAGAAGGGGCACCUCAAGGCAGCCCCCUCUUCUUCGGACUCAGAGACAGAGAAAGAGGUGAGCGGGGGAGGGGCUGGUCUCCAGGGUCCGGAUCUUAGCCAGAACUUCAGUUCUGGAGCCGCUGCAGCACAAAAAGGCUCCGGCGUGUG